GGGACCAGCCAUCUUCUUCCACCUUAUCUUCUUCCUCCGGCCACCAAGUCGAACUCCUGCGCUAAUGGAUCCACCAUCUUACGCCACCACAGCGCCGCCACCAGUAGGUCCUCAAGCGCGAGGCGGAAGCCCUCCGGCUCGUCUCCCCGCUCCAGCGCGCCGACGAGGUCCCCGCGAAGACGCCCAGCUCGCUGUCUACCUCGGAUGAACUUGGUGCGGAUGGCGCCGAUGAACUCCUCGGGGGCGGUGCUGCCGAGUCCGCCGCCGCACACCAUCUUGCGCAUGCCCUCGCCACCGCCCGCGCUGAGCUCGUGCGAGAAACUCUUCACGUCGAGCGCCCGCUCGUGUUGCGCAGGAUCGCGCGGAACCGCGGCGAUUCCAUCUGCCAAGCCCCGCUGGCGUCCAACACCGCCGAGCUUCUGGAUGGAUGGCUCCAUCUAUCAUAUAUUGCAGAACAAGGCGGGCAGUAGAGACCAGGCGGUCGUCCAUCAACCGCUCCGGCUGCUCGCCGAGCCAGGAAAUAGGAGGCGAGCCCGCUGGCUCCACCUCCUCGCCCGCCGUGGACCCGUGCGCCACCAGCGGGCCGACGGCGUACAGCGGCGGGAACCCCAGAGAAGACGGAGGUGGAAGAAGAGCGCCGCGGUGGCCGCGCCUUGGACAUGCGUAGGAGCAGAGAGCGGACGUCGAGAUCUCCCCAACGAGGCGGCGUCAGGGGAACAAGGACGGGACGACGACCACGGCGGUGUGCGGUGCCAUCACGGCGCGAAGGAGCGGCAUGGCGGAGAGCGCGCUGUCCCUGGUGGCGACGGCGAGGGUGGGCGGGCGGACGACACCGAGCUCGGUGACGGAGCUGGAGGCGGUCAGGGAGAAGAGCCCGAUGGAGCUGAGGACAAGGGAGGGCAAUAGGGUCAUUUCCUAUUCCGAUACACGCUAGCAUGGGGACAUGGAGCGCCACGUCAGCGAAAUUGGUAAUUCUGUUAAGUUUUCGGUUUCACGACGGCAAAAAUGUUGAAGCCAAAUUAAUAAUAGCAAUGGAAGGUGUGUCAUCCGUAAAGAUGGCAAUAAAUUAAAUAACCCCUAUGCUCCAGCGGCAGUAUGUUAUGGCUGUUUUGUCGAACCAGUCACAGUUCACCAGUGUACCAUGGCAUUAUUGCCGCGUACUCAAUAUUACAAAGCAUAGCGCUAGUUCUUGUCGUUUUA